UCAGAGCGGAGGACGAGGCCCAAUCGGCGGCCUUCGGACCUGGGUAGCGGGCGUGAGGAGGCGGGGCCUGUCCGCGCGGCCGCAAGGUGGGCUCCGCGAAGAGCGAGCGGGAGCUGAGCAUUUGCAGAGGCUUUCAGACUGGAAAAGACUCUCCUUGCUCACUGACGGCCUCCACCAUGAUUCACAGUCUUUUCUUGAUCAACUCCUCUGGAGAUAUUUUCCUGGAGAAACACUGGAAGAGUGUGGUCAGCCGUUCUGUUUGCGAUUACUUUUUCGAGGCACAAGAGCGAGCGACGGAGGCUGAAAACGUCCCUCCGGUUAUCCCCACCCCGCACCACUAUCUCUUAAGUGUUUACCGUCACAAGAUAUUUUUCGUGGCUGUGAUCCAGACGGAGGUGCCGCCUCUGUUUGUCAUUGAGUUCCUCCACCGGGUAGUGGACACGUUUCAGGAUUAUUUUGGAGUCUGUUCAGAACCAGUGAUAAAAGACAACGUGGUCGUGGUUUAUGAGGUGCUGGAAGAGAUGCUCGACAAUGGCUUUCCAUUGGCUACCGAGUCGAACAUCCUCAAAGAACUGAUAAAGCCGCCCACUAUCCUUCGGACCGUUGUCAACACCAUCACAGGAAGCACCAACGUGGGCGACCAGCUUCCCACUGGGCAGCUGUCCGUGGUACCUUGGCGACGAACGGGGGUGAAAUACACCAACAAUGAGGCCUAUUUUGAUGUGAUUGAAGAGAUUGAUGCCAUCAUUGACAAAUCAGGGUCCACCAUCACUGCCGAGAUCCAGGGAGUGAUCGAUGCCUGCGUCAAGCUGACGGGAAUGCCCGACCUGACGCUUUCUUUCAUGAACCCCAGGCUGCUGGACGACGUCAGCUUCCACCCCUGCGUCCGCUUCAAGCGCUGGGAGUCGGAGCGCAUCCUCUCCUUCAUCCCCCCGGACGGCAACUUCCGCCUGCUCUCCUACCACGUCAGCGCGCAGAACCUGGUGGCGAUUCCAGUGUACGUUAAACAUAACAUCAGCUUCCGGGACAGUAGCUCACUCGGCCGCUUUGAAAUAACCGUGGGGCCUAAGCAGACCAUGGGGAAGACCAUAGAGGGGGUGACCGUUGCCAGCCAGAUGCCCAGAGGCGUCCUGAACAUGAGCCUCACGCCGUCUCAGGGGACACACACGUUUGACCCAGUCACCAAGAUGCUAUCUUGGGAUGUAGGAAAAAUAAAUCCCCAGAAGCUCCCAAGUUUGAAGGGAACCAUGAGUCUCCAGGCCGGAGCUUCCAAACCGGAUGAGAACCCCACGAUCAACCUGCAGUUUAAGAUCCAGCAGCUGGCCAUUUCUGGCCUCAAAGUGAAUCGUCUGGAUAUGUACGGAGAGAAGUACAAACCCUUCAAGGGCAUAAAGUACAUGACCAAAGCUGGAAAGUUUCAAGUUCGAACCUGAAGCGAGAAUUUCGCAAAGCGGACCGUCAUGAACACUUUUUCAUUUCUUAACCUGUCUAGAAGUAAAAACCAUCAGCCUGUCUUGUAGGUCCGUGCCCGCUCUGGACCCACCGGUUCCUGUUUUCCUUAGCCGUCCGUGCUGUGGAGCGAAUCCAGGGAGACAGGGUCGCCAGGGGGCCGGGGCAGGACCCACCCACCAGCAUCUCCAACCCAGUUCUCAGAGCAGAGGCGUGGGUCGCAGCGGGAGGUACCCGAUGGAGUGUUGAACUGUUUGUAACUUCGUAACGGGGUUACCCCAGGAAAACACCAGCGUUUGUUACUUGUUUGGCUGUAAUUUUCUUCAGCCAAGGGAAGACUUCUUUGUUUUUGUUUUUUAAGCUGGGGGGAGGGGGCGGGUUUGGGGGAGAAUUAGAGCGCGCACUUGGAAGGAAACGAAUGUUAGUGGAGGAAGGCAUGGGGAAGGCAUGGAGUGUGUGCGUCCCCAUUAAAGUGAAGAGAGAGGGGCACCCAUCUCCACCCCCAGGAGGGGCUGGGAGGAACGGAGUGAAGUGAGUUUCCUUCUGAGCCCUCUGUUUGUAUACAAGCAUAAAGAUCUGUACAUCUAGAAGUGAACUGGAAGCUUCUUUAAUUGGAGCCCACCGCUGACACAGAAGUCCCAGCGGAGGGAGACUUUUCCCUCAGAGGCUAGGACGCCACUCCCACCAGCUUGCAGACGCUGAGGGCUGCCUGCCCCCUGCACCGGCCGCCCUCUCCAGUGAGAGGGGUCCCUGCCCACUCCCUGGGGGGUGGUGGUCUCAAAUACUUCUUUCCUUGACCUCAUGCAAACAGCUCCACUCCUUCACAGAAUUGCCACUCCCUGAGGAGAGUCUCAGAGAAGCCAGCCCCGUCGGCUCCAGGGCGGCCCCAUGAGCCGCCGCCAAGGCCCAGUGGCUCCUCGUCCAUGUCCAUUGGGGGCUCCCUGGGGGCUGGAGCCCGACCCUCCCAUCGACACACUUUCCCAUGGUCACUCUCAGCCAGACGCUGACAGGAGUCCUGGGGGCUGACCAGUAAGGACAUUUCCUCAGAGUCUCUUCUGUUCUGUACCCCCACUGCAUAAUCUAUUUAUUAGCAAUAUAUAUUUAGCAAUAUAUAUCGCCAUGUUUGUUUUUAAGACCACCCCCCCUCCAUCCCUUCAGUCGUUGAAUAAAACCAAUGUUGUAGGAAAAUGGGUCACGUUGGGCCUGUGCAGCCCGGUUCAGGAAACACGGCAGCUGAAGGUGGUCCGCAGGCCUCCCCAGCGGGAAACUUUCCGUCUAGUUCAGUAUGCCCAUCACCCAUUCAAAUGUUUAUAGAUCAGACAGGUAUUUAAAAUUAUAGUUUAUGAUGCGAUACUGUCUUCUGCCCUGUGCAUGGAGAGAAAUGAAGACCUUGUGCUCUCCAAACCCUACAAUUUUUCUCUAAUGCCCUGUUUUCCAAGUACUUAGGUAGUGUGUUUUUCUUCUAUAGUUUUCUCUUCCUCCUUCCUGGAUUUGUUUUUUGCUGCAGAAUAAUGCUGCUUUGUGGUUUUGCUCUGGGGUCUGUUGUGCUGUGUCUCAUAGCCCAUCGCUCCAAAAUUUGUCCUGGAUCCCAGAUCCCAUUCCUACACCUGCCAUGGCAGGGAAACGUCUCUGCCUGUAGGUUCCAGAACAACGGAACUACUACUCCUGAGGGCUCUGGAGGAUUUCAGGGCUUCCUCGGUCACAGGAGACAACCCUUCUUGGUCCCUGAAUACCCUUAGGUUUAUAAGUCUAGCUGUCUUAUUUCCUCCAGGGCAGCUCAUCCUAAUUUCAAGGGAAGAAUUUAAGGAGAAGUAAAGUGCUGGGGCUGUGGGGCCCACAGACCAUAGCAGGGGACAACCCCCCCCAAGCUGCAGACCCUUGGACACCCCCUCACCCUAGUGGUGUGUUAGCAUAGCUGGUGCCGGGUGCCCCCAGCGAGCCGCUCGGUUCCAUAUGUGUUUAACGUGCAGAAGCAUCAUCUCUGUUUAAAUCUUAAUAAAGUUGAGUGUUACCAGU